UGGUCGUGUUACAGAAUAAUUGCAAAUUAUUUAAUUCACCUACUUUCAAAAUUGAACAUUAUUGCAUAGAUCGUACUGGCUACUUUCAAGUGAAGUGUUGUGUAUAAUUUGAACGAAAUAAACAUUACAUAACUGUUGUCGUCUCUCUCCUGCAUCGCGAGAACAAACUCCAACCUGAAGGGAGCCCUGUCCUCUACCCCGCCGUAAUAAAGAAUAGCUGUAUUUUUUGCUCUUUCGUGCCUUUGCAACUGCAUCAGGAUUGUUAUUGCGUGACCAAUAAUGGAGCGAACUCCGACAAAAUACUCGUCAAAUCCAGAUAUACCCUCUUUUACUGAUAAAAGUUGUAGUAACGCAAGAAAAAGGAAACAACCAGAUCACUGGAGUGAAGAUGAGCUUUCAAAAAACCAGCAAUGGUUUCAUAGGAUGUUUACAGAAAAUAUGGCCCAACUACAGGUCAAGAUGGCUGAGAGUAUUACUGCCUCGAUCACCGCUGUAAUGAACACCACAUUAUCAGUUGAAAUCGACAAAAUAUCGAACACUUUGACUAAUUUAGAUAUUACAAUUAGUAAAUUAAGUGCUGAAAAUAUUCAAAUUAAUAAAUCCAUAGCAGAUAUUAAGACUCAAUUUACAGACAUAAACCAAACACUUGAUUUUGCUAUUAAGCGACAGGAUGAUCUCGACAGCAGUCUAAAUACUUUAAAAAAAGGAAUACAGUCUAGUAGAAGUUGUGAAGAAAGAGUAAUGUUAUUGGAAAAUAGGAUAUCAGUAUUGGAACAAUCUGCGAGAAAAUGUAACAUAGAAAUAAGUAAUUUGCCAGAAAGACGCCAAGAAAAUUUAUUGUCAAUCCUGGAAACAUUAGGUACUGUUUUAAAUUAUCCCAUAAAGAUCUCGGAUGUAGUAGCAGUGCAUCGUGUUCCGCAUGCGGAUCAGGGUAACACCAGGCCUAAGAACGUGAUAGUGAACUUUACCACCCGUGUCAUCAGAGAUAAUGUUAUUGCAGCAUGCCGGGCUAAAAGGGGUUUGAAGUCAGACCAGCUAAAUAUCCCAGGUACUCCACAAAAUAUUUACGUUAAUGAGCAUCUUACAUUAAAAAAUAAAGCAUUAUUUCGACAAUGCCGAGAUACUGUCAAACACCACGGUUUCAAGUACGCCUGGGUCAAACAUGGCAUUAUUCUGGUCCGUAAAAAUGACACCUCGCCGGUACUCGCUAUUCGCACCGAAAGCGAUCUCAGUAAAAUUAAAUAGCUUUAUCUAUAUUAAUACAAUUCAAUAUGUGAUAAGUUGUUUUUCAUUUUGUGUCAAUAUGACCUCUUUUGUUAUAUUUAUAAGGACUCAUGUGAGUAUUACUAGCCAUUAUUUAAUUAUUGGAGCUACUUUCUCAAUAAAAUUACAGUCUCAGUUUCUAUAUGUGUUAUGGAGAAUGUCUGUUUUGAAGUUAAUCGAUGUCCAUACUAUAUAUGUAUUUCCUUUAUUUAUAAAUAUUGAUACUUUGUACAAAUAUAACACAUAUAUACGGAUAGUGUAUCUUAAACUAAAACACUGCACAAUGACCUGUUUUUGUAUUUAUAAUAUACUAUAUGCAUUUCAGAACAGAUCUAA